UGGAUUUAGGGAAUCGGGAUGCAUUCUCCCGGGGACAGAGUGCACAUUCCAUUUCCAGACAAAGGGAAAUGUCUAUGUGUCGGUGGCGUACACAGGAACUUUCAGCCUGGCUUCUAGAAGCAUAGUGAUGGGCUUCCUUCCGCGUGUUUCAGACACCUUCGCCGACCCAAAAAUAGUGGAUGAUCAAGAGGGGGAUCCUGAUGAAACCAACCCUUUCUCCUUUAAGGAAUUUAUCAAGACAAAGAGUCAAUCAGUGACAAAAGAAAAAGAAAGAAAACGGCAGACACCAAAGAAGAUCUCCUCCACUGUGGGGGCAGCCUCCCAUAGGGUCUGCAUGGCCUCCAAAGGGCUGAGCCUGAAGCUGCCUUUCCGGGGGCACUGUUCCCCAGACCCAAUGGAGCACAGCCCAUCACUGGACGAGGACGAGGACGACUGGAGUGAAGCGUAUCAGCCGGCGGCGAUCGAGGUCGCCCACGAUCUGUGCCAAGCUUCCUUCACGUCUCUGUUGCUGAGCAGCAAAGAGCCGGUACAGCAAGUCCGCCCGCAAUACAUCCUCUCUGAAUGGGAGGUGGACGAUGAGGAGGAGGAAGAGGAGAAAGUUAACGAUGAUGGGGAUGCUCCGGUGCAGCAGUACGAUUUGGACGGGGAGGUCCUUUAUCAAACACAAUUCUUAAACGACGAGAAACUGAAGGAAGAAAACACUCGGCUUCGGAUGCAGAUAAAGGAGGCGAAACGACUGGUUAAAGAUCAUGCAAAGAAGGCCAGGAAGCUGGAGGCCGAGCUGGAGAGUAGGAAGAUCAAAGAGGAAAAGGAGACUCGAGCCUUGGAAUCCAUGGUUCAGCAAGUGGAACAGAACCUACAGCUCAUGACGAAACAAGCUGCAAAAGCUGAAAACAUUGUGGGGAAGUUGAAACAAGAACUCGCAGUCGUCCAGAAUCAACGGGACCAGUACAAGAUUGAGAACGAGAGGCUACGGCAUGCGGAUUCCGAGGCUCUCAAUACAGCAAAGACCAAUGCUCGAGUGGCAUCCACGUAUCUCAGGAAGACGACACAAGAUGCAGAGACCUCUGUAAAACAGCUGCUUUCGGGAGCAGAGACACUGCGGCUAGUGUCUGACCUACUCCGGUCUGUCGACAGAAUAUCAGAGCUACAGCCUCAGGACAAAGAGAGUGAGCAGAGCUGAGGCACAAGGACCAGACCCCAAAUCCUUCUCGGCAUCAUUCUGCCCUCACCCAGCUCCUCUUACUCCUGUUUACCAGCGAUCAUUUGUGGGUGUCAAAUUGAACAUUUGCCCGACUGCUUUCUUUUUUUCAAUCCACCAGUUUAUUCUAAUUCUCUUAAUUUUCCUAUGUUUUCCUUUACCUUCUGAACAUACUCCUGAUGGUAAAGCGGAACGUUUCACAGCUUUUCCUGGCAGGGUGAUGCUGAUCAAAAAUCUGAUCAAUAAUAGUUGUGAUCCUUCCUCCCCCACCUCCACCUCCCUUCCUCUCUGGUAGUGUAACCAGGAGGGUUACAGAUCUGUGGUGUUAACUGAUCUCAGUCGGGCAGAAGUUGGGGCCACAAGGGUCGCUGGGAGAUCAGCCAGGAUUCCCGCUGCGGAUCACUAUCCAGAACCUCCCUUGUGUGUGGACAUGCACCUUCCAGGAGGUUAGAAUGGGCCCUCCAUGGUCAAAAAGCUUCCCCAGGUUAACUGCCAAGACUCACACAUGGAGGAUAGCAACUUGGGAGAGCGUCUAUCAACUGUACCACUCUUCAAUUACCUUACACCUCGAAUUGCCUAACCAUCGCCUGAAAGAAAUCGUCAGUGCAGCUGUGUUUUAUUAUAUUCGUGUUUUACAUUUUAAAUAUGGAUUAAUGGACAUUCACUUUUAAUAAUGUAAUGGAAGAUCGGUUAGAGAUUGCAUUAUUGAUUCUAAAUUAUGGUAAUGCCCUUUAGUUAUUUUUAUGAGUGCACGAGCAGGUUAGGGCUUUGAGGCGUGUCCACUCUAUCCCUCCUAUUCUCCUGCAGUUUCCUCCCCCUCCUCCCCAAUCUGCACAGCUGCCCUCCCACCUCAUCAGAUGGAAACCCAUUUCAUUUGACUGAAGAAACUCUACUUUUUUAAAAUAAGAUUGAAAGAUCGAUGCAGUGGGGAUUCUGGAAUAAUUGAACUAAUUUAUAAUUCUCAAUAACUUUAUAGAAAAUAAAAAUGAAGGGAACUUG